AUGUGCUCCAAUUGGUCGGAUCUCUCCUUGAUGGAAGGCAUGGAGCAGAAAAUUAGAAUUUCUCUCGCCUUCAAAGUAGCCUUUGCAGUCGAACGGCUAUCCAGGUCGACAAUCUUCUUCAAUGGUUCUCUGAAAGCAACCAAAGCAUCUGGGUCUUCUUGCAGAACUGGUCUAAAGAAUGUUGGUCAAGAUUCCAAGCAAUCUUUGGAAUUUGUGAACAGGUCUAGUACCAACAGCAAUUGGAGAACCAAGAUCGGACAAGGUGCCCUCGAAUGGCAAAGCAUGCUUCACCCUCGAAGGGUCAUCAAGAGCAAGAAUUGCCAAGAUGUCACCAGCAUUAAGAGUGGAUCCUGGUUGUUUCAAGAGUUGGACGAUACCAUCUUCCUGAGCAAUCAAAGGCAUGAACAUCUUCAUGACCUCAACUUCGGCAAAUGGUUGACCAGCACUGAUGUGACCACCGUUCUCAACCAAGUACUUCACCAACUUACCUGGAGACGGAGUUCUCAAUUGGGUUGGGUCGUUCUCGACCUCCAGCAAACAGGUCUUGCCGUCCACAGAGAUUCUGGUUGCACCAACCUCCUCUUUCCAGUAGACAGAGUGCGACUUUCCACCCAAUGCAACAAUUGGAUCUGGACGCUCGGCCGUGAGCUUCUUGGAAAUCAGCUCGUCCAACCAUCCAGUAGUGAUGGUGUUGUCCUCGAAGUCAGGAGUCUCAAGCAACUUGAUCAAGUACUCGACGGUGGUUCUGAAGUCACCCCUAAUACUCAAUUCCUUCAAUGCAACGACCAUGUGUCUUCUCGAAGCCUGUCUGUUUUCACCAAAGGCGAAAAUGUGACCGAAUUGGGAGUCGGCAAACGAGUGGAUGGAGGAUUGGUUACUCACCGAGAAGUAACCCCAAACAUUGGAAGACGAACGGAAGUUCAACUCGUUACAGUGACCCUUUGGAACUGGGCGACGUUGUGCACUGACACUGUUCUCGUUCUUGAAUUCGAAAUCGAUCUCUGUGGUUGUGUGAGGAUCUGCUCCGUAAAAGAGUCGGAUGUCCUUUAUUCUGUGAAGUGGGAUACCCAUGGCAAUUUGCAGCUGGGUGGCAGGGAGAUUGACACCAGACACCAUCUCUGUGGUUGGGUGUUCCACUUGCAAUCUUGGGUUCAAUUCCAAAAAGUAGAAUUUGUCGUCUGCGUAGGAGUAAAGGUACUCGACAGUACCAGCAGAAACGUAUCCAACCAACUUACCAAGUCUCACAGCAGCAGACUCCAUCUUUCUGAAAGUUUCUGGCUUUGCGAUGGUGACAGGAGCUUCUUCAAUAAUCUUUUGGUGUCUUCUUUGAACAGAACAAUCUCUUCCGAACAAAGAAAUGUUAUUACCGUAUUGAUCGGCCAAGAGCUGCACUUCCAAGUGUCUAGCGGAACCAGCCAACUUCAUGAUGAAGAUUGGAGAACCUGGGAUUUCGUUGGCGGCCUGAUGGUAGAGAGAGACAAAGUCUUCUUCUCUGUCAACUUUUCUGAUACCUUUACCACCACCUCCUUCGGAGGCUUUGAUCAUAACAGGGAAGCCGAUUUCCUUGGCUUUUUGUAA